UCUGGAGGGAUUAAAGGGGAUAAUGAGAGAUAUGAGAUAUCGAAAGAUUUUAAGAGAAAUUGGGGACAUAAUAUUUUAAAGCAUAAUAUUUUUAAGUUUUUCUUUUCAAAACUCUGUGACCAUUACUGGACUGAUCAACGAAACCAACGGAUUUAUGGAACUUCCAUCAACUGAAAACGCAACUUUUACAAUCUUCACCAUUAAACUAGGCACAGAAGACACAUUCUUUGCUACUUUAACUGGAAUUACCGGGAAAAAAUUGGAUUAUUCGUCAAGUGCAAAAUAUAGAAUUAAUUUGUUAUUUAGCAAAAGGGAUGGCCACAAAGAAAAUAGUUUUCAAAUGAUUGCUGAAGGGGUAUUGAAUUUUGAUUUAAUGUGUCGUUUAUCAAGGGCUCUUACAAAAUAUCUUUUAAAUUUCAUUUAA